AAAAUGAAAUUAAAGUUGUACUAAGGCGCUGCAGCUAAAAGAACUCGUAAAUGGCUUUUGCGCGAUGAAUCCAAGAUCCGCGAAUCCAGUCGGUUCGAAGUCGGUUGGCUAUCCAGUAGUUCUGUCAUCAUCAGAGCAGCUCUAGCAGCUUAAUUUUUCAAUCUAAAGAAGGAACUAUAGUCGUCAAAGAAGAUGUCCACAGAUGAGCGACACUUGCUCAUUAUGGUUGAAAGGCUGCCUGACGAGAUUGCACAAGUGUACAGCCGAACAAAACAAAAGAAGUCUUUACAACACAGAAACUCCUUCAAGCACCGCAAGUUGAAAAGCAAAGCUAAAGAUGGAGAGUGUGGUGAAAGUGAUGGUACAGUGUUGUCCCCAGCUGCACGUGAGACUGGAAAGCUCACCACUGUAACCCCAUCACAUCUUCCAAUGUCAUUGCCAAUGUACAGCCGUAGCAUUUCAUUGCCGUCAACUCUUGAGGAAAAGACAGAAGCUGGUAAUCGGAGUUUGAAGGUCAAGGUCAAAGUUGAGCCUAGAGUUAAGGUAAAGAUUAAGCCAAACAAGAGAGGAAGGUCUCUUGACUCAAACAAGGUUUUGCGGAAGAUCAAGAUACGUAAGAUUUCCAAGGAUGCCCUGUCACCCAGUGCACCUGAAAAGGAUGAAAACACUGACACAAAAGUUGUCUUUGGCAAAGAUAUUGAAGAGGGUAGUAGCAAAGGGCCAUCUGAAAAGUAUGAAAUUGUUUCAUCAUCUGGAAGGGUAACUGACUUGCAUGAAGAAUCUGGUGCUGUCAGUGAAGAAUCCAUAGAUGCUGAGCAGAACACUAUUACUGAAGGCAAUGUUGAGGCCUGGCUCAGAGAUCAUGUUGGCCAACCAAGUGAAAGAAUGAAAGGGGACACGGGCAGUAUUUCAGAAGAAUCAACUGUGGAAGAAACAGAAACCUCUGAUGAUUCUUCGGUCAACCAAGAAACCGAGUCGUACAACACUGACCACGAAGACUUUGAAGAAAGUGAUGGCUCACAGAGGACAGAGAUCGAUGCUGCUAACUGCACAAGUUCAGACACUGAGAUUGAUGAGGCAGAGCAAUGCCAGCCGAAAGUAGCCAGCUCAGUUGGUGUGGAAACUGUGGCAUUAAUGUCAAAUGAAGGAUCGUGUCAUAGUGACAUGCUGCAGGAGUGCUCUACUGCUUUGGAACACAUAGUUUCAGAAGUGUGCGCUGAGAAACAGGUGCCACUGGUGGCGGACAGUGGCAACUCUGGCAAUAAGUGUGUUGAAAACAUCAAGGCAGAAACAGUGCCAUGUAAUUCAGCAUCUGCAGAAACCGAGUACACGUCUGUGCAACCCAAUGAAAUUGCAGAACAAGUCACCGCAGCUGAAGUACGUUAUGAUGACCUGUGCGAUGAUGAGCAAAAGGAAACCGCUUCAAGCAUUGAAUUUAUUGACAUCACCGAAGAUGCACUUGUGCUGAGCCCUGAAGUAGAAGGACCCAAUCCGCCUGCAAAAACAGUCAUGCCACCUGAUUCAUCUACAGGUGAACCGAAUAAUGGCAACACCUCAUGUUCGGUGGAUGUUGUAGAUCUCACCAGUGAUGAUGUUGACUGCUAUGUUGUCAGCCCUGUGAAUGAAGAUGAAGUGGCAGCUACUUCAGGCAUGACAGGAGUCUGCAUGGCAGCAGCCAAAGAACUUGACCUGUUUGCUAACAUGACCAUUUUGGAGAGUUGGGACAUAGAAGCAGAGUCGAUUCUCGCUUGCACAGGAGAAUAUUUAGGCCAUCUAGAAAAGUGUUUGACAAGCCUGGAUCUGAUGGGAGAAGCAUUCAAGACCAUGCUUGUCACAGCACUCCGGAAAAAAAGCCAAGCAUUUAAGCAAAUCUUUGUACUGCUGAAAAAAUUGCUUUGCCGCUCUGAGCAAUUGAACAGAGUGCUAUCUGUAGAAUCUGGCUUUUUUGUUCUUUUGGGAAUUGAAAACCCAUCAAAUGCAUUGUGCAGCCAUCGAAUCUCUGGCACGGAGGCAAAGGAACCAAAUAGUGCUACUAGAGCACUUAUUCGACGACUUUCGGCUGCAGUAAAUGAUGACCAUGCCAAAGUCUUAGUUGAGAAGACCACUAUUGCCCAAGAAGUUCCUUCGGCUGAGCAUCGACCUUCACAGCGGGUGAACAGUGCAAAUGAGUGUGACUUGAGUACCAUCAGUAGAAAGUGCUCCAAUGUGGCCAUUGAUCCACCACCAAAUCGUGCAAGAACAACAUGGAGGCAUCUAGUAGCUGCUGCUAAUAGAAGAGAACGUGAAUGCACAGGAUUUAGGGCUGUUACUGCCACAGUGCCAGUGGUUUCACAGUCAAACGAAAGGAGAGCAUCGUUAGGAAUGUCAUUUAUCCGGAAUGACAGAGCAGUAGCACUUACAACAGCUCGUGUAAACCUGGAGAGCCAUAUCGGUCUCCAACGUGACAGGUCAUCGUCAUCACAGUCAACGUGUAGCAUCCCAAAUCAGCAGCUCGACUCAAGGAGUACUACACAGCAGCCCAACUCAAGGAGUACAACAGCAUCGAACUUACAGAUCAUCACACAGAGACAACUGCACCGUGGCCAACCUAUUCAGAAGCAAGGCAAUGACCCAAGCGUCUCUACAUUACUAAAGGAGUUGAAGCAGAUUGCAAAUGGGAGUUUCAAAGCUCCAAGCACAAAUGCUGAUGCAAGGGAGAAGGUUGUCAAUGUGGAGGCCAAACAGGCACAGCCUUUGAGACAAGCUACUGUAACAUCAACCAGCGUUGCCACAUCUCCAUUAUUGUCAGUGUCAUCUGUUACAUCGGCAUCCCUCGGCCGCCAAAUCUCACUGUUGCCAGUGGCCACUGUAGGAUGCAGUAGCAAGGUUACAGCACUACCAGUGAAUGUGACUGUCUUGCCCGCUGCAACAUCAGUUUCAGCUCCUGUGUCAUCUGCCACAACCACCAGCACCACCAGCACAUCUGUAGUGGGAGGAACCAAAUCAGACCCUCAAGCCUCAACUGCUAGGGCAAGCCCGCACAGCAUUCUUCAAAAGCUCCAGCGUAACACAGGUCUGACGGUCGUGCCAGUACAACAGAGAGAAAAGCUAGCCAAAGAGGAUGCUGCUGCAGAUGGGAGUUCAUCAUUGAAAAAUAUCCUUGUAGAAGUCACUGCUGCUUCUAGUGAAACGGCAUCAGUGUCCAGGGACAGUGUCAUUGCCGUGCCUUCGGGCCUGAGCAUAACAAGCACACCGGCAAGAGCGUCUACAGCUGAUAAGACUGCAACCAGGACGUCUGAACAGGUGGCUGUAAUACAGCUUGGCAAGGGCAGCCAGCGCCACUUGCCUCUUCCGGCAGCCAAACCAGCAGCACUGGCAGUGAGCACCACAUCUGGUGGGCGUGUCAACUUGACUGUGUCACAACAGCCCACGAAUGCUCCAGUAGUGCGAGCUGUGCUUCAGAGAACUGUAAAUAUGAGUAGCACAGCUGCAAGAACAGUGCCACCUCAGCAACAAAGAACUGCUGGUUACAGCAGGCAUGCAAUUGACGCAAGGUCCACACAGACGUCCUCGACACACACUUCCCCUGUUGUGUCUAGGAGUGUGACAACAGAUGCAACUUCAAGGACUGUAGCAGCUCCAUUGAAAUCCACAACUGUGAUGACAACUUCCCACCGACUUCUGUUGCCAAGGCUGCCUGCGGGAGCACUUCAGCCUGUGAGCACGGUUUCUGGGCAAACUGUACCUGGACAGCCACCAGUACAGGCUGCCACAAGUGUUGCACCAGUUCUGGUGCAAGCCACAACACUGCAGGAUGUCCGGUGGUCCCAGCACCAGCAAAGUCGGCAGUUGUGUGUGGCCGUGCCAGGGUUUCGUGUGGUGCAGGCACCAAGCUUCCAAGGCAGAGCAGUGGCUGCAGCGCCACCACCUCUCCAGUGGUGUGGUCCCCCCAUGGCAGUCGGAAGACCUAUCGCCGCCAACAUCUUGCGCCCACCUGCGACAAUUCCUCCAUUUCCCUGGGGAGGCUUUGUGCCACAAGACCCUCGCUUUGUGGGCAGGGCACCCCUCAAUGGACCACAGGCACAUCCUGGGCAAGCCAUGCCAACACAGCAGGUGUCUGUCUUAUUUUUAAUCCUCAGCUGUCUGACACAAUUUGUUCGGCUGCCCACUCUGCAUGCCUAAUAUUUAGGCAAAUGGAAGAAAAGAAAGGAAGAAAGAGAAAAGGAAAAAAAAGCAUUUCAAUACCAAUUAUACCAAAAAUUUAAACAGGUGAGCAGCAGUUCAUUAAUGGCUGAAGUUGUUUUUGGAAAAUUCUUUCCCAGGCCAUACUUCAUGUAGACACUAGUCGAAUGCACUGUGAUUGGUUGUGGCAAGACUUCAGCACAUGUUAAGUGCAUGAUGUUUCUGCACUUUUUGGUCAACAUAUUGAUUUUCUCAUGACACUGAGCUCAUAUUGUCUGGUUCUCUUCCGAAAUAACAAAGUUGCCAGUCUAUUCAAAGCCUCUGUGCAUUUUAGAGUGCAAGUCAAAAAGUUUCAUUUGUCACCAUACAGCAAUCAAUUUCUGUAACCAUCCACUGUGGUAUCUUAGUAGUGAUGACAUUUUGCUGCUGGACAUAAGGUUAUGGGUUCAAUUCCCAGCCAUCGUGACAGAAUUACAAUAGAAGUAGGCUACCAGAAGCCCCAGACCCUGGUAAUACUGACUGUCUUAGUUAUUGUGAACAGUAGUUAUGAGCACACAGCUUCUUGGUGUGUUUAGAGAGACUCCCACUUGAAUUGGAAAAAGAGCCUCAUGCUGAAAAGCUUUGAGGGGAAUUUAGUAUAUAUUAGUGCAAGGGCCAGAUAGGGCCAAAGUUGAAAGUAACACAUUAAGAAUUCCUGGAAACAUGUAUAUAUGCAAGAACCUUUUUAUGGUCUUACUACACACUUUUCUAAUUUCCCGAAUUACAUUUCAAUCAUGCAUUGUAGCUGAUGUAGUUCUUCAUUGUAGCUGAGCAGGAUUUUGUACACUUUGCUUCAAAUAUCAUCUUAUAUCGGCUCAUAGAAUGAAGAGUAUGACUUUGAGACAACUUGCAGGUGCUGACUGCUUUGUGAAAGUCUGCACUUUGUCUCAUUUUGCGAUGUCCCUAGUUUUACGUGCUGUUCAUAAAUAACUAAUUAGGCCAAAUUUCCACUUUAGUGACAUUAAUGUAAGUAUGUUUAAUUUCACUGAAUAAAAACAAUUUUCUAUUUCAAAGAACAUUUUAAUGAGAAUAGGUAGAGUCCAUUAGCUCACACAAAGCAAUCGUGCCAUUGUGGUAUACGUGCUAAGAUAUCUUUCUUACACUGGAUCCUGCCACAUGUUAACCUAAGCAUAAUGAAGUAAUCACCACAACUGGCGCAUUUGUUAGCUCAUAACUGUCGCUCGCAGCAAAACGCUUGCAUAUGAAGAUAUUGGUGCACAUUAGGACCUCACUGCAAUGUCUUUUGUAGUGUUGCUUUUGCACAUAAAGCCACAUCAAUCAACGGGUUAUGUGUUAUAAGUUAGCCCCUUAACUUUUUCUCUACCAUGAGGAAAAUAGGCAUUUUUUGUAGGUUACGCCAGAUAUUUCUUUUUCUGAAGGAAUUACUGCACUCAAUAUUUGAUGUAAUACAUAAAUAAAAAGCAGAAUGAAUGCACUUCUCAUGCAUAAAAGUUUUAAUAAUGAUAUUUGUGUAAUAAAAAAAGAUACAAAUUGCCAGAAUCAAGGUUGUGUGAUAAAAUAGAACAAAGUUAGUAAAGUCACACUUGUACCUACUAAGAAAAAUAACAAAAAUCAUGAGAUAACAAAAUGUGUUGCCCUAAUAGGCACUAUUUCCAAAAAAAAAAAAAAAAGUUUUCAUUGAGCAGGUAUUCCACUACAAAAAUUUAACUGCAAGCAGUACAGUUAGGUCUGCCGGGCUGCGGCCACCGAUGUUCCAGGCUGGUUUGCGUCAUCAUCGUUCUCGGAGUCAAAGCCAGACGAAAAGGCAGCAUCCUCAAACUUACUGCUGCUCGACCCAUCGAUAAAGUCAGUUGAAGAUGUAGCAGAAUCACGAGAUCUGCUAUCUUUCGAAGCGUGGGUGGCUCCCGAAGGUGGCCAUUUUUGCUUUCUACUUUGACGGAUCACAAAACAUCGGAGCGCGUUCAAAAAUUACCGCCUGGAAAGAAAAAAAUCGAGCUGCUUGAAAAACAAAAAUAUAAUUCUCCUCCUUCACGUCCAAUGGUGCAGUGUGUCCGUGAGUGGCGCAGAAGGUCUCAAAAGCAGCAUUUCAAAUUAUCGAUAGCGGGCGGCCAUUAUUACUUUCUACUUUGACAUUCACGAAACUUCAAAACGCAUUCGAAAUCACUGCCUGGGGGAAGAAAAGUUAACUGCUUAGAAAACAAGAAUAUAGUUCUCCUCCUUCAUGUCCGAUAGCGCAGUGUGUACAUGAGCAACACGAAAGUCUUGAAAGAUGUGUUUCAAACCAUCGUUAGUGCGGUAACAGUGCCCAAUGACCACGGUACGGAAAGAGUUAGGUGUUUUGAACGAGUUCAGCUUGGUGAUGACAAUAGCCCCAUUUUCAAAGCGAUUUAAACGAACAUAGCACAUCCACUUAGUUUUUCUUCUGUUGCAUAGGUGGCUGCAGUGGCAGCAUUU